AUGAAGCUUCUCACAUGGUCAACUUUACCCUUUCUGAUUCAUAAGGUUCCUCGUCCUAAAGGCAGCAGUUUCUGGCUCCCUGCACUUCAAGUCUUUGCGAGCUUCAACCUCCUGUUGUCAAUUGUGGUAGGCUAUACAUAUAGUGACAUGCCUCAACAGUAUCUUCUAAUGAUUGAUGCAGAUGUCUGUCAAUUUCUUGAAAUUCAGAAAAAAGCAUUGGUGGCAGUCCUGCUAUAUUUGGGGAGGACGGAAGGAUACAAUUAUGACUACAGAAAGAGCACACUUACUAAUUUUGAGACUUUGGUUUUCUCUCAAUAUUACAGGAGACAUCUACCACCUAUUAGAACGUAUGUAAUUGCUGCCUGUAACAAUGUUGUUCACACGAGAAAACCUUUAAAUUACCGAUGCCACAUGCAGACACAGUGGACUAUCCCUGUUGUUUGCUUCCACGCAUUGUAUGUUGCUGCAUUGGUUGGUUAUACAGGAGCUAUUCGGCACGUAGAGUUCAGGUUUCAUGAACUCAACGACCUCUGGCGUGGAAUAAUAGUCUCCACUUCGUCCAUUGGAAUAUGGGUUAUUGCUUACUUGUUUAAUGAAAUCCAUGAGGAAAUUGAAUGGCUUCAAGUUGCCUCAAGAUUUUGUCUACUAACCAUGGCAAGUAUUUUUUUGCUGGCAUUCUUCUCGAUAUCAAGUUCUCAACCUCUUAUCUCCCAAUUGAGUUUGAGGAAAAAGGAUGACAGGGAGUUCGAGUCAAUGGGUCAGGCUCUGGGCAUACCUGAUAGUGGUCCGCUACUGCAGAGGGAAUUACCUCCAGUCAUAGACCCUAAUGAACCUUUGGAUAAACUUCUUCUGGACAAGAGAUUUCGGCAGUCUUUUAUGGCAUUUGCUGACAGUUGUUUAGCUGGAGAGAGCGUCCAUUUCUAUGAUGAAGUUCAUGAGCGCAAUAAGAUACCUGUGGAUGACACUGUCAGAAGAAUUUACAUGGCACGACACAUCAUUGAGAAGUACAUAGUUGCAGGCUCAACAAUGGAAGUGAAUAUAUCUCACCGUAACCGACAAGAAAUUUUGACAACUGCUAAUCUGGCACACCCUGCUCUCUUUAAAAAUGCAUUAAACGAGCUACUGCAACUGAUGAAAAUGAAUUUGGCAAAAGAUUACUGGUCAUCGAUGUACUUCGUGAGAUUCCAAGAAGAAGCUAGUAUGAGGACAACGGGCCAUGAGCUUGAACAAGUGGCUGCGUGGAACUUCUCUCCCAGAUUGAGUGCUGUUCACGGUGUUGAUGACCCUUUUCACCAAGAACAUCAUUCAAAGGACUCUGGCCUUGGUAGUCAUGAUCUGGAUCGGCCAUGA